UCUGCAAGCCAAGGCCCAGGCAGGGCAUGGUGGCGCCGACGGCCUUGUAAGAGCGAAGUUACCGCGGGGCCCGCCAUGCGCCGGCGGCCCUGACAUGGGCGCCAGCGGCUCCAAAGCUCGGGGCCUGUGGCCCUACACCUCGGCGGCGGGGGGUGGUGGCCCAGAGGCGGCGGUCGCUGAGCAAGCUUUGGUGCGACCGCGAGGCCGAGUCGUGCCCCCCUUCGUAUUCACGCGCCGCGGCUCCAUGUUCUAUGACGAGGAUGGGGAUCUGGCUCACGAAUUCUAUGAGGAGACAAUCGUCACCAAGAACGGGCAGAAGCGGGCCAAGCUGAGGCGGGUGCAUAAGAAUCUGAUUCCUCAGGGCACCGUGAAGCUGGAUCCCCCCCGCAUCCACGUGGAUUUCCCUGUGAUCCUCUAUGAGGUGUGAGCCUGGGGGGUGGCAGGCAUAAACACCCCCUGCCCCAGCAAGACACCCCCAGGCUCAAGGUGUGGCUUCCAUUGAGGAACCUAGGCUGGGGCCACAACAGUGAAUAAACUCCACUGGCCUGGAACCUUCAGCUGUGA